AAUGGACAUCCAAGCCCGCUUAUAGUGUGGAAUCGGUCAGCAGCCAAAGCCCAACAACUUUCUGGUGUGAUGGUAGCAGAGACGUUUGAAGAGGUCGCUCAGCAAAAAAAGAAAACCAUUAUCUGUGAGAUGAGCACCAUCGCUCCUAAACUUACCUUUGAUCUUCAUACCCAAGCGACUGAACUCGGCGAUGGCCUUCUAGCGACAACAAUCUUCGGUCUUCCAUCAAAAGCCCACGCAGCAAAAUUGAUUAUUAUCAAAGCUGGCGAUAUCAAGCUGAGAGACAUCGUAAGCCCAUACCUCAUCCCAGCUAUGGGUAACAAAACAAAUAAGACCUUACUGCUUGGCGUGUGCUUAAACACAUCCUUGGUUGCUUAUGUGAACAAAAUGGCUGCAGGUGAAUAUACAAAAAUCUCCUUCCGUGUUGCGGGAGUUAAGAAGGACCUUAAACAUAUUAUCGAGCUUGGUGCCGAAUAA